CCGUUUGAGCAUCGCCGCUCCCCCAAGGCGGUGUCCCCUGUCACAGCCGCGCCGUGAGUGUCACUCGAGUGUCACUGGAGGGUCAGCCGAGUCAGAGAGAAAGUGAAAGAAAAAGCGCGGCGAUCUCCGGGCUACGUCCAUCCCGCCAUCCCUCCGUGAAAUGCACGUCCUCGCUCGUUGUUAUUCUGCAGACAGUACGGGGCGCCACGAUGACUCGACCGGUGACUCGAACGGUGACUCGAACGGUGACUCGGCCACCUCCGCUGCCGUUGCUGAUUCUCUGCGCGACUGCAGUGUUUCCAGUCACGGAGGCCUCAUUGAAUGUCUUUGCCCCCGAGUCAAAUGUGAUCGCCCAUCGGCAUAUGGAUGUCGUGCUUCAGUGCAGUUUCACGGUGGACCCUGGCCCCGUUAACCCCAAUCUGCUGACUGUUGUCUGGAACCAGUACGGGUUCAGUGUGGCCAAGUUUGAGAAUGGGGAGACCACGUCAAGACAUGAGGCCAGUCUGUUUGACAGUUACAUCACUCAAGGAAACGCCUCCCUGCUCCUGAAAUCCAUCGUGAAAAGAGACGAGGGACAGUAUGAAUGUGAGGUCACCUAUGGCAAGGAGAAAAAAUCAGCCAGCAUGGCGCUGACCAUCCAAGUUCCUCCUGAAGUCUCGCUGUCCCCAAAGUCAGUCCGGCUGCUCACUGAAGACACCUUCACCUGUGCUGCCGACAGCUUCUAUCCUAAAGACAUUCGGUUUUCUUGGACCGUUGGUGACGUGCCUGUGGCCCCACUUAACACCACAGAGCCACUCCUGAAUCCCGAUGGCACCUACAGCUCCUGGAGUGUUUACCGCUUCACGCCCAACAGCCGCAGUGAACUCACCUGUGAGGUGCGACACAAGGCGCUGAGCAGUCCACAGAGAUUAUCGGUCACAUACACGGGACUGACCGGCGGCGAGAUCACAGCCAUCGUGUUAGCAGUCGUCGCCUUCGUCCUGCUGCUGGUUGUGCUCUGCUGGUUUCUCUCCGUGUCCCUCUCACCUCUCGUUCCUCUUAAACUGAUCCACGGUGAACUCGGGUCAUUGGAGAGCACACUCAAAGGCUGGAGGCUAAAUCGGGUAAAUCUGGAAUGGUUUAUAAAUAACAAAGGAAUCCAGCUGGACACGGUGGGCAGCAAGCAGGGAGACCCAGAGGAUGGUAUCUCAGUACCACUGAAGGACUCAUCUAAUUACACCCUGAAGAGAGACUCGAGCACUGAAGGCUUCUUUAUCAAAGAGACGCCCAUCACUCUGCAGUUUACAGCUCAAAGUCAAGACCACCAGGGGGCAGUGCUUCGAUGUCGGGCCACUCACCGGCUCACCAGGAGGAGUGUGGAGCGCACAGUGAAACUGGAACAGGUGUACAUGCGCCCUCGGAUCUCAGAAAUCGAGAAUAUCUCUACGGACAAAGACACCGAUGUGAAACUCCAGGUCAAAGCAGAGGAGUUCCACCCACGAGACAUCAGCUUCAUGUGGUCAACUGUAGGAGGUGAAGUGACCUCAGACUUACCAGAAAUUACAGAACACAGCAAUGGUACUUUUAGUGCAUGGAGUGUCUGCACCGUCCCCCUGUCUCACGUCCAGACCCCUGGAUUCAAGGUGUCCGUGGUAACUGACCACAUAUCUCAAGGAAAGACAGAGAAGACAGUAUCAAGGGACACGGCAGGUAUUGAUGGGCGCCCCCAGCUGGCUGACAUUGAAAUGGUCCAAUUUUCAAAGGUUGGUGAGCCCUGCUCACUGAGCUGCACCAUCUCCAAGUUCUUCCCCAGUGGUCUCACAGUCACCUGGCUGAGGAUCACAACGAAGAGUGGAAAUCAGCCUGUUACUGAAACGUCAGCUCAGUGGGCAACAAAAGUGACCACAUCCACGCCAGAGAAGAAGAAUAACACCUAUGAGGUGACCUCUGAGGUCCAGUUCAUCCCCAACAAUCUCUCUGAAGUGGAGGAGAUGACCUACAUCUGCCAGGUGGGACACAAGACCCUCAUGGGUAAACCCAUGGAAAAACGGUCUGGUAGAUUGGAGUUAACUGCUGACACAUGCCGUCCUGUAGUCUCAGAUGUUCAGGCUCAAUUCAUUGAGUUUGGCCAGCACUGCACUCUGACCUGCGCUGUGUCAGACUUCUACCCAAAAGAGAUCAACGUGACCUGGGAGAGGAGGCAGAAAGGAAUGCAGCAGACAUCUUCAGCCCUGUCAGGCCAGUGGAAGCCACAAGUGUGCCAGUAUGGGCCAUCAAUGAAGGACAACAAGUACUCACUGGUGUCUCAGGCACAGUUCACCCCUCGGACCCUGAGUGACCUGGAGGACAUGGAGUUCAUCUGCAGAGUACAACAUGUUAGCCUGAAGGGAAGGGACAUCAAGAAAAGCUGCACACAGCUCCAGAUACCAGGUCUGCCGCGGCGCCCCCUAAUGUCAGAUAUACAGCUAGUCAAGUGUGAUGGAGUCGGCCAGCCCUGCACCCUGAGCUGCUCCAUCAAGGACUUCUACCCCAAAGACAUCACAGUGACCUGGCAGCGGAGGGACAUGAAGACGGGUGGUGUGGUCCAAGCAGGGAGCGCUGAGUGGAAGGCUGACAUUAGUAAAAAAGGUCCAGUGAUGGAGAAGAGGGCCUACAAACUGGACAGUCAGGUCACCUUCAUGCCAUCAACUCUGAGUGACCUGGUGGACAUGGAGUACAUCUGUAAAGUGACACAUGGCAGUAUGCAGGAGCUCAUUGAGAAACACAUUGGGAGAAUUCGACUGCCUGGUGUCUCCAGUACUCCUCAGCUCUCUAACAUACAGGCCCAGUUCUCCCAGUUUGGUCAGCCCUGCAUCUUCAGCUGCACCGUGUCCAACUUCUAUCCCAGAGAGAUUCAGGUCAUCUGGCUAAAGGUCAUUAAAGGACAAAAGGAAGUGGUCAUCCAAGAAGUGACCAAUCAUGGCCUCACAAUACACGAAAAGGCCUUUGAACUUCUCACUCAGGCGCAGUUCAUCCCUCGCAGCCUGAAGGACCUGGAAGGAGCGGAGUUCAUCUGCAGAGUGAAACACGACAGCCUGAAGGGGACGACUCUGGAGGAGAGGUGUGGGGAGCAGGAGAUACCCGGUCUGCAGCGGCGCCCCAUAGUGUCAGAUAUACGGCUAGUCAAGUGUGAUGGAGUCGGCCAGCCGUGUGUCUUGAGCUGCUCCAUCAAGGACUUCUACCCCAAAAUGGUCAAGGUGACCUGGCUGAGGGCUGGAAAAGGUGGAAGAGCAGACAGCAAACCCCAAGAGUCUCUGCCAGUAACCACAAAGUCCAGUAUUUGGGAGAAACCACAGACCAGAAGUACCACAGCAGUAAAUCAUCAUGGGUAUGGUAAACCAAAGAAGGCGAUGGAGCGCCUCGUUCAGAGUGAAGUGACCCCAAAAGUCAUGAGUGACCAGGAGAAGGCAGGGUUCAAAGCCAAAGUCAAGACUGGUGACCCAAUAUGGGGAGACAAGGGAUACCUGCUGGACACGGAGGCAGAGUUCACCCCGCAGAGUCUGAGUGAGCUGGAAGACAUGGAGUACAUCUGCCGGGUGGGACACGAGAGCCUGCCGGAGCCCAUGGAGAAGCACAUUAGGGGGCUUCAGAUCUCUGGCGUCUCCAGCGCCCCUCAGCUCUCUGACAUACACGUCCAGUUCUCAGAGUUUGGUCAGCCUUGUUUUCUGAGCUGCAUUGCCUCAGACUUCUACCCCAAACCGCUGCAGGUCACCUGGCUGAGGGUCACUGAGGGACACAUGGAGGAGACCAUACCACAGGUGACCAAUCAUGGGCCCUCAAUUCGAGACAAGACCUUUGAGCUUUUCAGUCAGGCACAGUUCACCCCCCGUAGCCUGAAGGACCUGGAGGGCGCGGAGUUCAUCUGCAGAGUGGAACAUGAAGGGGGGACAACAGAAAAGAAAUUUGAGAAGCAGCAGAUACCUGGACUGCAACGUCGCCCCCUAGUGUCAGAUAUACGGCUAGUCAAGUGUGAUGGAGUCGGCCAGUCCUGCACCCUGAGCUGCUCCAUUAAGGACUUCUACCCCAAAGACAUCACAGUGACCUGGCAUCGGAGGGACAUGAAGACAGGUGGUGUGGUCAGUGCAAAGACCACUGAGUGGAAGGCUGACAUUAAUAAAGGUGAACCAGAAGUGGAGGACAAUGCCUACAAGCUGGACAGCCGGGUCACCUUCACCCCGCGGACUCUGAGUGACCUGGAGGACGUGGAGUACAUCUGUAAAGUAGAACAUGAGAGUCUACCCAGUCCUGUGGAGAAACGCAUUGGGAAGAUUCAGCUGCCUGGUAUCUCCAGAACCCCUGAGCUCUCUGACAUCCAGGCCCACUUCUCCCAGUUUGGUCAGCCUUGCACCCUGAGCUGCACUUUGUCCAACUUCUAUCCCAAAGAUUUGGAGGUCAGCUGGCUGAAAAUCAGUAAAGGACAGGAGGAGUCCAUAAAGAAAGUCACCAAUCAUGGACCCUCAAUGCAAGAUGAGGCCUUUGAGCUUCUCAGUCAGGCCCAGUUCACCCCACAGAACCUGAAGGACCUGGAAGACGUGGAGUUCAUCUGCAGGGUCAAACAUGAGGGGAAGACAACAGAGAAGAAAUGUGGAGAGAAACAGAUCCCCGGACUGCAGCGUCGCCCCCUAGUGUCAGAUAUACGGCUAGUCAAGUGUGAUGGAGUCGGCCAGUCCUGCACCCUGAGCUGCUCCAUCAAGGACUUCUACUCCAAAGACAUCACAGUGACCUGGCAACGGAGGGACAUGAAGACAGGUGGUGUGGUCAGUGCAAAGACCACUGAGUGGAAGGCUGACAUUAAUAAAGGUAAACCAGAAGUGGAGGACAAUGCCUACAGACUGGACAGUCAGGUCACCUUCACCCCGCGGACUCUGAGUGACCUGGAGGAUGUGGAGUACAUCUGUAAAGUAGAACAUGAGAGUCUACCCAGUCCUGUGGAGAAGUACAUUGGGAAGAUUCAGCUGCCUGGUAUCUCCAGAACCCCUGAGCUCUCUGACAUCCAGGCCCACUUCUCCCAGUUUGGUCAGCCUUGCACCCUGAGCUGCACUUUGUCCAACUUCUAUCCCAAAGAUUUGGAGGUCAGCUGGCUGAAAAUCAGUAAAGGACAGGAGGAGUCCAUAAAGAAAGUCACCAAUCAUGGACCCUCAAUGCAAGAUGAGGCCUUUGAGCUUCUCAGUCAGGCCCAGUUCACCCCACAGAACCUGAAGGACCUGGAAGACGUGGAGUUCAUCUGCAGGGUCAAACACGAGGGGAAGACAACAGAGAAGAAAUGUGGAGAGAAACAGAUCCCCGGACUGCAGCGUCGCCCCCUAGUGUCAGAUAUACGGCUAGUCAAGUGUGAUGGAGUUGGCCAGUCCUGCACCCUGAGCUGCUCCAUCAAGGACUUCUACCCCAAAGACAUCACAGUGACCUGGUCGAAGAGGGACAUGAAGACGGGUGGUGUGGUCUCUGCAAGGAGCGCUAAGUGGAAGUCUGACAUUAGCAAAGGUAAACCAGAAGUGGAGGACAAUGCCUACAGACUGGACAGUCAGGUCACCUUCACCCCGAGUGACCUGGGGGACGUGGAGUACAUCUGUCAGGUGGAACACAAGAGCCUGAAGGGACCACUGGAGAGGCGCUAUAAAAUGCUGCCAGUUCCAGUAAUGGUGAGGGACACAGGAGAUACCUCACAGCCCGACUACGAUGAAGACCAGUGAUAUCGUCCAGUGAUGUAAUCUGCCAUGGGCAUUGACGGCCGCUGCUCUCUCCAGUCGUUGUCCCCUCCGUGUCCCACCUGCAGCCUGCUGUCUUAUGGUAAUUAGUAUUUGAUGCAUUGCUGUGGUCAGUGAACGCAGUCACCAUACCAUAGCCGUCCAUAUUGAGUGGACGCUGCGCAGAAUUCUAACAGGCAUGGUGGACGCUUCUAUUAAGAUGGAUUGUCAUGUUACUGGCUUAAGGGGCUUUCGAUUUGUGAGAGAAGAGAAGAGAAAGUGAAUGGUCUUAACCAAGGGGCAAAACGACGCCUCCAUGUGACUUGUCAGUUCUGGGAUAAAACUACAGAGAUGACCGAAUAAGGACGCCUGCCAUUGGACAAAGUCAGGCCUAAUCAGGACCCUCUUCAUGACUGCUUCUCCAUGGGCUUGAUUUGUCUGUUCUGAUUGAGGAGUGGGAGCCAUCAGCGUUAAGUGAAGCGAGCCUUGUCAUAGCGAAUGAGGGGCUGGGGGGGUUCAGGGGCUUCUUUGUUUCACUUUGACCCUCUUGGUUUAGACGGCCGAAGUCCCAGUGGGUCAGCACCCCCUGCUGGAUACAAACUGUAACCAUCAUGUGAUCUCUUCAUCUGUCCUGUCAUCUUCAGGUUCUGUGCUCCUCAGACUCGUGACGAUUGUCACACAGACUUUAAUUGCUUGUCAUUGUGAGACGUUGGGAGCCUCUGGCGGGCGCUGCAUUGCUUUAAGUGAACUGCUACGGUGACAUCAUAACGUGGUGUGUGUGUCAUCGUCACUGGAUAACAGAGUCCGUUUAUGUGAAGCCUGGCACUGUCACCGACCACAGAAUCGUCAGGGUGAGGAACGACCCGAAUGACAGACACGCCAGACAACUGAGGCCUUCAGUUUGAGAUCAGCUGGUAAACUCGGCCAGUCACCUCUACUGCUGCUGCCACUGGCCCGAUGGACGUCCUCUGGUCACUCAUUUCUGACCUUUGUUACUGCUUCCUUUCAGGUGGCCUCUAAAUAGCAGAUGGCGUCAUCAGAGGGUCACCAUUUGGGCCUCAGGGGGUCAUCUGUAGGACUUUGGGGGUGCUGGUGAAGUCUCUGGCGUAGAGCUUCUCAAGUUCGGACCCUCUGUGGCUUCAGAUUUUUCGAUCAGUCAGUCAUUUUCCCCUCAUUGAUCUCCUUCUUUAAUGAGUUCACUUUGUUCUUCUUCUCAGAUUCUGCUUUUGGUUUUAAGAUGUUAACUCACUUUUGUUCUUUUUCUGUGAAGUCACCUUUUUCUGUAGAGCUCGUUCACUGCAUUGUAUUGUAAAAAUGAGUGGACUUGGGGACAAAGGACAGCAAAUGAUGACAGGCUCCUGCAGUGUGGUCGGCAAAGGAUUAAAUAACCAGAAAUAAAAAUCAUAAUGAUGA